CCUUGCGGUGACUCCAUUUUGUGCUAGUGGUCGAAGCUCCUGGGUUCUAUUUCCGGGUUGGUGGAGACCGGGGGGACCGGAAACCAGAGGGAGCAGCGGAAGGAGAGGGUUUAGAGCCUGUUCUCCCUCCCCUUUCCAGGGGCUGGUCCAAGGAAUCGGGAAGGAGAGGUUUCAACCCGCACAAGGAUGUCUAUUCCACCGCCUCCGCCCCCACCUGGCCCUCCCCCACCCCCAACUCUUGCAUUGGCUAAUACUGAGCCCCCUAGGCUGAGCAGAGAGGAGCAGAAAGGUCGUGGGGCACUGCUUAAUGAGAUCUGUAAAAAGCCACAGCUGAAGAAGACCGCAGCGGUGAAUGAUAGGAGCGCACCUGUAUUAGAUAAACCGAAGGGCGGUGGAGGAGGAGGAGGUGGAGGCGGUUCUGGAUUUAGGUCAAAUUCUGGAGGGGCACUGCAACCGAUGGGAGGCCUCUUCCAGGGUGGCGUUCCACAAUUACGACCAGUUGGAGCCAAGGAUAGUUCAGAUGGCCCAUCAGGCCGCUCUUUACAGGUCCCAGGCACUCGGUCUCAAGCUCCCCGCCCACCAGUGUCUGUAGGACGCCACCAUGAUGACUCUGACAGCAGCAGCAACCGAUCCUCUCCUCCAGAAAUGGGACGAGUGCAUCGUCCAUCACUUCCUGACCUCACACGUCCCCCUAAUUCAACCAGUCCUGGUAUGAAGCACAGUUCCUCUGCUCCUCCCCCACCUCCGCCUGGUCGUAGACCCGUGGGGGCACCUCCUCCCUCUUUGUCCCCUUCCACCCAUACAGCUAAACCAUACAACAGGGAGAAACCUCUACCUCCAACUCCUGUGCAUCGGGCUCCUGCUGCACCUCCAGUAAAGCCUCCUCCUUCUCCAGUCAGCAUACGGACCACUUCAUCCCAGAGCCAGCCACCACCCCCUCCCCCAUACAGACAGCCACCUUCCUCUAUAAAUGGACCCCCAAGUCCCAUCAAUGAACCACCAGAACUUCCACAACGACACAACUCACUCCAUCGCAGAUCAGCUGCUCCUGUGCGCGGGCUGGCUCCCCCUCCACCACCUUCUGCCAACUUAUCACCAGGGGGCAACAGACCACCUCCUCCAGCCAGAGAACCACCUGGGAGAGGAGCAGCUCCACCACCUCCACCACCUUUGCAACGUAAUGGGGGCAGGGAUGCCCCGCCACCUCCUCCUCCCUACAGAAUGCAUGGUGUAAAUGAUACUAGCCAAAGCAGGGCCAAACCUCCUCCACCCCCAACUCGGACUCCUUCAGGUCCACCCCCACCACCACCCCCCAUCAGGAAUGGACACCGGGACUCUGUACCCAUGGGGAGGUCAUUUGCAGAUGAAUUUGAAUCAAAAUAUUCUUUCCACUCAGCCGAUGAGUUUCCUUCUCCGGAGGAGUACAGGCCUUUCCAGAAAGUCUAUCCAAGCAAAUCCAUCAGAGCCAAUCGGGGUGCUCCUCCUCUGCCUCCACUUCCAAGGUGAAAUAGCUUGCCUGUCUCUGCUGCCAGACACUUCACCAUUUGCCCCGCCUCCUUUCCAUUCUCAUUCCUCUGGGGGGACUGCUCCCGCAUGAAGAUACUUUGUUUUGGAACAAAAGGAGCUGGGAUAAUACCUUUUUGCCUGUCUAUGCAUUCCAUAUUCCCAUCUCCUACAGAGAAAACCCUCUCCACUUUUUUUGCACGCAACGGGCAAUAUAUGACUUGGACUUCCAGGUCCGACUGGCAAAUAAGGCCUACAAAGCUUGUGAAUCCAUCAGCUAGCGCGGUGUAAAACCACCGCGCUCCUAUUUCCUUCUAUUACAUAUAUAUAUAUACAUAUAUACACACACACACUUUAAUGGAUUGCUAAUUCUCCUAAAUCUAUGGUCUCAAGCCUUCAGAAGAAGAGAAUAUUGAAAGACAGACGUCCAUUACUAAAGAUAGGAGCUAUUUUGCAUCUUACAGAGUACACUACAGAAAAGGUGGUUUUGGAUGAGUGGAGCACCACCACUGAUUACCUGCUCCCCUCCUUCUCAAUACUAGGUCCACUUAAUGCACUUUCCGACUGUUACCUAAAGAGAAGGGACUGACACAUUUCAGGGGCUUUGCAGAAGGAAGCAACACUCAUCUGAUUUAGAACCUUUGUUACGUACGCAUGGUUUAAUUUUUGGUGGUUGGGGUGGGUCUGAAACUUUGGACUUUUUUGGUAUCAUAGAGGCUUUUGAGGUGAAGCACAUUUAAAAAUACAAACAAGGCUACCCAGGGAGAUUAUGCAAUAGGCAUAACGGAUGUAUUACUCCCAUAUUUGGCAGAUGAAUCGUGUGGUGCAAACCUGGAGCCAUUUCUGUCAAGGUUGAUUGAGUUUGUGUAUUUUAAUUAUGGUGAUGGGAACCAUCGUGUGAGUCUGUGUUUGUCUAUGCAGAGGAUGUGGAUAUAUGAGAGGAGAUGUUCAGUAAGCUGACAUGGGUUAUUGUUAUGCGAAAG